CAAAAAUUCAGUGCCUGGGUCGCGUUUAUGCAGUUCUGAUCUGUGGAAUGAAGAGAUUAUUUUCGUUGGCAGAAUGCUUAUUUCUGAAAGGUAUUGGGGCAGGCAAGAUAGGAAUCAAAGGAAACACUGACUACUGUAGACUUGCCACAGGGAAGGGAAACUGAACUGCAUUAACAAGAUGUUUGAAUCUGGCUGGUGUUCGUGCUUCUGUCUUCUAUUUCUCCUGCUGUUUUCCAAAUCACAAGGUGAGGUCAGCGCUCCAUCCCACCUGCAAGCCAUCGCUGGGCAGCCCUUCAUGAUUGGCUGCAACAUCACAAUAGGCCCAGGGCAGUCGUUGUCACAGGUGCGCUGGAUGGAUGCCCGCGAUGUCACCAUCCUUUCGUACCUUGCGGACGAGCCGAGCAGGGUGACUGGGUCCAAUCGGGUGGAGCUGGCCACUUUCCACAGCCAUACCAGUGCCAUCAAAAUCAAGAGAGCCGGACCUCAGGACGAUGGCUGCUACCGGUGCAUAUUCGACGUCUACCCCACUGGGCAGCAAGAGGGGAGAACCUGCCUCACAGUCUUGGCAAAGGUGACCCUUGAUGGGAACAAGACGGUCGUGAGCGGGAAGCACACCACCCUCACCUGUAGCUACGCCCUGUCCGAGCGUGUUCAGCAGGUGCUGUGGACGAAGACGGCGGAGCAGGGAGACACGGCCACCGUGGCAUCCUACGCCAAGCAGGACCGCGUGAUCGUGGAGGAGCCCUUCCAAGGCCACGUCACGCUGAGCAGCACGCUGGGCCGCACCCAGCUGUUCCUGCGGCCCGUCACCACGGAGGACGAGGGCUGCUACACCUGUCAGUUCCACACCUACCCUGAAGGCACACGGAGCGCCACCGCUUGCCUCACGGUGUACGUUCUCCCUAAGCCUGAGGUGAUCCAUGUGACUGUGUCGCCGGGCGUCGUGGAAGUGAACUGCACCGCGGUGUCCCGACCCGCCUCCAGGAUCUCGUGGAACGUGGAGGGGGACAACCGCACGAUGGGCCCCUCCGUCUCCUCGUACUUCGAGCAAGGAGACGGCACCACGCUCGUAGUCAGCUCCGUCCUCGUCCAGGAGCGUCUCAUGGUGGACAAGACCAUCAAGUGCCUGGUUCACCACCAAGGCCUCCCAUCUGCGCUCACUGUGCCUGUGAAUAAGAUCAGACGCACACAUAUUAUCCUCAUCGUCAUGAUGUCUGUGGCCGUGGCGCUUCUGCUGUGCCUGUGUGUCUGCGUGAGCAAGUGUUCCCCGUGCUGACGCCCUUAAUAGAAAACCCUUUGCCAGGAAUAUAGAUGCUGCUAUUAUUGAUGGUGAACCGUAUUGCCAGCCCAAGCAUGAACAGCCUGACUAGAUACCUCAGGGCCAUCUUGCAAGACACCUGAACUGACCGCACUUGUUCACUUUGACCACAUCAACACACCGCUUUCAGCAUCACUAACACCUAUCUGACCUGAUCUUCAGAACUGGACUACGCUAGUAUGACCAUUAGAUCAUGGGGCCUGAUGCUUUGUAAAUAUUUGUGGGAAAAAGUAAGCUACUUGUGGAAAAUGUGUGGGGGAAAAAUGCGCUCCCAGUUUUUAUUUUUGCUGAUGUGGUAGACUCGAUAUUUGUUAUUAGCCUACCAUUAUUCAUACAAACUUGGCAGGAGGAUCUCUUCAUUAGCCCAUAGACAUGAGUCAUGGAACUAGAGAAAGAGAUAGUGGGUCAGACGUUUGCACAUAUUUGCACACACACAGACACACACACACACACACACACACACACACACACACACACACACACACACACACACACACACACACACACACACACACACACAGGCAUGCACACAGGCAUGCACACCUACAGAUCUUCUUUUUUCAUUGUUGUAUUGUUCUGUACAUGUCCACUAGAGGGAAGUAUUGCUCUGUAUAUAAGAAUUAACAAUCCACGAUCCCAUGCUAAUAUACUGUAUUGUGAAAGAAAGUGUUGGUAAAGUUGUUCCCUGUAAUGACGCUUUGGAUAUGUAUUGCAUAGCUUUAUUUAUAUACAGCAGAGUAUGGCGUGACAGAGUGUUUACAAGUAGCCCACUAACCAAUGAAAAGGAAGGAGCUAUUGUAUGGCUAUUGUAGUUGUUCAUAUUGUUCAUUUAGAUUCUUCUGUGAUAUAAUGUUGCAAUA